GACUCAUAUAUCAAUUUCAUAUACCAUAUCACGUACUACAUACCACAUAAUGCAUACCACAUACAUACCGCAACAUAUUGCACCGCCUUGCAUCGCAUUUCAAUCGCUUCCUACUUCUUCUUUUUUCCUACUCAUCACUCCACAAUGAAAGAAAAGAACAAAACCGAUAAUCAACUUUCCAUCUAUCCCACCACUCCGAGUCCAAGUUCAACCUCAAUUUCUACCACAUCUCCAUCUUCACUUCCAAUAUCUCCAGCACUAUCUUUUGAUAGCGAUACAUAUAUAACACCACCAGGAUUUGGCAGCGACUUCGAACUCGUGGUAGGAAGCAUAAUGCAAGAUAAAUUGUUGAUUGUAGAAAAGCGUUGGAAAUAUUACAGAAACUUGGGCAUGAUGAUAGAAGAAGCAAGAAUACCACCACCUCCAUGUUAUCAAAUCGCCGACGAAGAAAAUGAACGUCGUUUUCAAACAAUGGGAGCUUCGCCUACUCCAUCACAAUCACCAUCUCCCUCAGAGACACCCUUCUCCCCUCUCACCAAAAUCUUAUCUGCCAUCAAUUACGAGAUUACGUGGGACCAUACACGAAAACCAUUGAUUGAUACCCAGCAGUCCUUCGAAGUGCUAGCUUCGGAGCUUUCGAAUCUAGUAAUCAAAAAAUCUUAUCUAUUACAGAGCAUACCGUAAUAUGAAUAUUCCGUAAUAAACUAAGCUUAUUAUUAAAAAUGUACUAAAACAUUAUUUAAUAAAUUAGAUUUCAAUAUAUUCUAGGGUA